GUACUCCCUAACAUCACGUUUCCUGUAGCUUAACUAGCAAUAGCUAGUUCCGUAGAAGGAGAUUUUUCUGUGAUUUGAUGUACGCAGUUAUAUGAACUCAUUUAUUCUGAAAAUGCUGGCGAUUGAAGGCUGAUGUUAAGUGGAUCUAUAAUACAGGGUGUUUUUCAUCCGCUGUUGAACUCAUAUGUAGUCAUCAACAUGUCUGUGUAAGAGAACUUUAAAUAGGAUUGCUAGCUAGCUAGCUAACUGACGUUGUCAAUAAAUGCAAAAACUGGGUAAGAUUUGCUGUUACUUUACAAUAUAGCUGGCGUUUAAGAACAACCAGGUUGCUCACACAUAACACGUACAAAGCUGUCUGUCCUAGAAUGUUUACUUUAACCAAAGUUAACAUGUUAGCUGCAGCUGGAGUAUGGCGGCGGUGCAUUAACAUUACUAUUAGAAGUUUGAACGGGGCGAAAGUCGUUACCAGAGGAUUUGUGUCCUCCGAGAACGCUGAAGAAUCGGGCAAAGCCGACAGUGAUGUAUACGACAUAAUAAUAUCCGGUGGAGGAAUGGUGGGGACUGCGAUGGCAUGCUCUGUAGGCUUUGAUCCAAAUUUGCAAGGCAGCAAGAUUCUGCUGCUGGAAGCAGGCUCAAAGAAAGAAAUGGACAAGGCACCAGAUGUGUACAGCACAAGGGUCAGCUCCAUCAGUCCAGGCUCUGCUACCCUCCUCAGUGGUCUUGGUGCUUGGGAUCAUAUUGUCAAUCUAAGAUGCAAACCCUAUCAAAAAAUGCAGGUUUGGGAUGCUUGUUCAGACGCCUUGAUUACGUUCGAUAAGGAGAAUCUGCAGGACGAGAUGGCGUACGUUGUGGAGAAUGAUGUCAUCGUAGCCGCCCUCACCAAGCAACUGCACGCUCUCUCUGACCAAGUUGAAGUGCAGUACAGAACUAAAGUGGUGAAGUACACCUGGCCCAGGCCUUACCAUGCGGUCACCUCAAUCCCAUGGGUGAAGGUGACCUUAGCCGAUGGACGAACUCUGAAGACCAAGCUGCUGAUUGGGGCUGACGGCUCCAACUCCAUGGUCCGGAGGGAGGCAGGGAUCCCCACUGUCAAGUGGAAUUAUGACCAGUCUGCCGUAGUAGCUGUCCUGCAUUUAUCUGAGCCCACUGAAAACAACGUGGCAUGGCAGAGGUUUCUCCCAACAGGACCCAUUGCAAUGCUCCCGCUGUCAGACAGAGAGAGCUCCCUGGUCUGGUCCACCUCUCAUCAGCAUGCAGAGGAACUCUUACAGAUGGAUGAGGAGAGCUUUGUGGAUGCCAUAAACUCUGCAUUUUGGAGUAAUGAGAACCAGUCUGAGCUGGUAGAGGCUGCUGGUUCCCUGUUCCGCGCUGCUCUAUCCUUCUUGAUGCCCGAUGGCACGUCCACCCGUCAGCUUCCACCCAGCGUGGCGGGUGUGGGUCCAAAGAGCCGGGUCAUGUUCCCUCUAGGGAUGGGACACGCCUCCGAGUACAUCCGCCAUAGAGUGGCCCUCAUUGGGGAUGCUGCACAUAGAGUACACCCUUUAGCAGGCCAGGGUGCCAAUCUGGGUUUUGGGGAUGUGUCCUGCCUGGCACGGGUGCUAAGUCAAGCAGCCUUUAAUGGGAAAGACCUUGGAGAAAUGCAGCACCUUCUGGAGUAUGAGACGGAGCGUCAGCGGCACAAUCUGCCCAUGAUGGCCGCCACUGACCUCAUGAAGAGGCUCUACUCUACUAACGCUGCCCCCAUGGUGCUACUGAGAACCUUGGGUAUACAGGCCACUAAUGCACUGCCGCCUCUCAAAGAGCAGAUUAUUGCAUAUGCCAGCAAGUAAAAUGGUACUUGCACCCUGGAGCCACUUGUGUGAUGCGUCUUCAAGAUGCCUUGGCAACUUUGGCUAUAGAAUGUAAAAGUGUAAAUUAAUAAAUUUAUAUUUGAACACCUAA